UUCAUACGACAAUGUUGACCAAGUGUGUUCUCGCUGCAAUCCUCGUGCUUCAGGUCUGUUCGGCCAUCCCCUACGACCUGACGCCACGUAUCACCGAUGGCGUUGACGCUGCACCCGGUGAGUUCCCAUACCAGGUCUCCAUCCAAUGGGGAAUCCCACCCCUGAAAGACUACGCCCACGCCUGCGGUGGUUCAAUCCUGAACGAAAACUACAUCCUGACUGCUGGACACUGUGUCUUGAAAAUUGGAAAACUCAGGGUUGUCGCUGGCAGAUACUAUCUGAACAAGGCUGAGGAAUCCGACCAGAUCAUCAAAGUUGUCAAGACCAUUGUCCACAGCGGAUACAAUGGAGGUGUCGCUCAACACGACAUUGCCCUGUUGAAAUUGGAGACUCCACUGAAGAUGAACAAGCUGGUAGCCCCCAUCAGUUUGCCAGGUCUGAACCAGAAGCAAACCGGUCAAGCCGUCCUCUCUGGAUGGGGAUCCAUCUCCAAGAAGAUCAUCCCUGUUCUCCCAACAGUCUUGCAGAAGGCUUACGUUCCGAUCCUUGAAAAUGACGACUGCUACAAUCAACUCACCGCCCAGCCCGCUGUUGGUAAACAACCUGAAUUAUUCGAAACACAGGUCUGCAGUGGAACCGCUGGCCAAGAAGUCUCUGCCUGCUCUGGUGACUCUGGUGGCCCACUCGCCCAGAUUGUCGGUGAAACCGCCGUCCAAGUUGGUAUUGUCUCGUGGGGUAUGAUGCCUUGCGGAUCCAGCCACAUGCCAUCUGUCUACACCCGCGUUGCCUCCUACAUCGAUUGGAUCAACCAGAACAUAUCAGUUAACUUUUCCAAUUUCCUGUAUUUCACAAUUGAAACGGGAGAUAAGCCAGAUUCAUCCAUCACAAAUGAAACGAACUGUCCACGAAAAUCCCAACAAACCAUCGAAAUGUCUCUAAAGCUGGUCAUCUUCGCCUGCCUUCUCGCAGUGGCUGUCGCCACGAAACCCUAUCGUGGUUUCAACCUGCCGCUGUUCGAUGGCCGCAUCGUCGGAGGAUCGGAAGCCACACCUGGACAAUACCCCUGGCAGGUUUCCCUUCAAUGGGGAAUGUUCGGGACAUACUCUCACUUCUGCGGUGGUUCCAUCGUGGCCGGCCAAUGGAUUCUAACUGCUGGCCACUGUGUCGAUGCUGUCCCAAGUUACGGUGAUUUCCUGGUCAAAGCAGGCAAGCACAGCCUGAAACUGAAGGAAAGCAGCGAGCAGGUCGUGAAGGUGGUGAAGUCCUUCGUGCACGAAAAGUACCCUGGAAAUGUCGCCCCAUACGACAUCGCGUUGCUGAAGCUGGAGAAACCCCUGACGCUGACCAAAACGGUACAACCGAUCAGUCUGCCCGAGGAAGGAAGCAUUCCAACCGGAACUGCCGUGCUGACUGGUUGGGGAUCAACCUCGAGAACGAAUAAUCCAAUUAUGCCUGACAAACUUCAGACCGCCCCGUUGCCGUUGGUCGAUCUUGCCACCUGCAAGAAGGCUAUAGAAGACCUCACGGGUCCGUCACCCCUGCACGAGACCAACAUUUGCAGUGGUCCCCUCACCGGCGGAUACUCAGCAUGCAGCGGUGACUCAGGCGGCCCAUUGGUCCUCAACCAGAAUGGCAAGACUACAUUGAUCGGUAUCGUCUCCUGGGGUAUCGUACCAUGUGGAACACUUGGCGCACCGUCAGUGUACACCAGAACAUCUGCCUUCAACUCCUGGAUCAACGGAAUUCUAUCGAAGAAUUAAGAACCUUUUAUACUAAACUAUUUCUGAAUCGAGUACAAUCGUGAAAGUGUUACCAACCGGAGGAAUUGAAGAUGAAUGUUAAAUAAAAGUUUUUUUUUUAUAUAUA